AUAGAGCUAAGAGAGCAACUUGAGCAAGCGAAGCAUGAUAAUGCCAUUGUUUCUUCACUUCGGGAUGAGGUUUCCAGCCUAAAAUUGGAAGUACUAGAGCUGAGGAACUUCACUACAGGCGCACUUUCUCAAACUGCCAAUGACACCCACAACCGUCGCACCAGUGCUAACGAAGUUACCGUAGAGCCCUCCCUGUAUGAAACUGACACAUCCAUCACCACUGCACCGCAAUCACAGCACACCAGAAAGCAAUCGUAUGCAGCUACUGCCCGCCCAUCAACCUGCACCCAACCACAAUGUACGCACACAGCAGACACACGCUCACCAAAUGCACAUGUUGCACCGUACAGCACUAUGGACCCUUACGCACAUUCAACCAGAAAGGUCAUGGGUGCACCGGAUCAGCAGCAGACCAUGCCUACGCGACCAAACCCCCAGCUUGAUUCAGACUGGCAACAACAAGAAACCAGGCGCGAACGUCGUGCCCGUACUCAACAGGAACGCGACAGACAGGGCCCACUUUCACAUGGCGCCAGCACCCCUGCAGAGAUAGGGGAAGAUCCAAAGAGUACGGAACCCGCACUUAGGCGCACUAUCACCUCCAGCUACAAAAAACCCCGCCCCCCUGCUCCAGGGAAGUCGCAGCUCUGUGGCGUCCAGCCCGUCAAAUAUGCAGCUCUAUAUGUGGGAGGGAUUAAUCCUGGCUGCCACGCAGAUGGAAUCGUACAUUGGUGCAGGGAUCGGGACGUUGAGGUCGUAUCAUGCAACAUUUCAGAAUCCAAAUACUUUGGCACCGCUUUUGCACAUGUGCUGAUAGACGCAAAGGACAUGGAUACAGUCAGCAAACCCGACUUCUGGCCGUCAAACGUCUCUGCCCGACCCUGGAGAUUCAAAUCCGAUGAUGAUCGCACUUCAGGCAGAGAAGACCAGCGUCGCUACUCAACGGACGAGAAACAAUGACUGAAGUCAGAUCAAAUCUAAAUCCUCUUGCCCAACCCUUUGUGCCCCACGCAAGUUCUUCACACCCUUCCCCUCAUUGCAUUACAUAUUCUUCUAUAUCUAUUGGUCAUAUUAAUAUUUGUAGUUUGCGAAAUAAGCUUUUCGUGUUGUCCAAGCUUGUCCGGGUCCAUAACUUAGACAUUUUAGCAGUAUCAGAAACAUGGCUCGACAACAGCAUCUCGGACUCAGAAGUCGACAUCCGGGGGUUCUCAAUGCACCGUCUCGACAGAAAGUGCAAUUACAACUGCUCCUGUACAAAUGGAACACCUUGCCAAAAGCGCGGCGGUGUAGUGAUUUACAGCAGGUUGCAACUUGGGUUUAAGCGGAUGUUGAUUCAGCACAUCGACCUGGAAAUGGUUUGGUUGCGUUCCAAAAAACGAGAAGCAGGUGAAUCAUUCCUCAUUGGCUGUCUCUACAGGCCACCGUCCGCACCGGCGGCUUUUUGGCAAUCUUUACAGCAAGUCAUGUAUGACAUUCAGGGCGAAGAUCUCAUUCUGAUGGGCGACUUAAAUGUUGAUUUCUUGUCCCCUCAAACGCAUCAUUUUGACAAUUUGAACACAUACCUGCUACUUCCCCUUGAUCUGAAGAAUAUGAUUACGCACCCUACACGGAUCACACCUACAUCUAAAACACUUCUCGACUGUGUACUAACGAACAUGGAUUGUGUUGAGCACGGAAGCGUUCACUCCUGUGAGUUCACCGAUCAUGAGUUUGUUCACACCAGUAUUAUUUUUCCGAAGUCAAUUCCAACACAAGGACAAAUAUAUCGAUCCCGCCGCCGUGAUUACAGUAAGGCCUCUGCCUCUGAUCUCUCUCAUUUAUUGUCAAUUUCUGAUCUCGGAUCCUUCUCGUCCCCGUCGGUCAAUGUAAUGCUAGAAGAGUGGCAAGGAAAAUUUGAAGACGCCUUGGAUGUGGUUGCACCCUACAUAAUAUCACGGAGACAAUCCCCUGGAAAAAGGAAGAAGUGCCCAUUCAUGACACCGGAAUUACUAGCUCUCAUUAGGCGACGUAAAACCGUCUACAGAAAGUACCGCUCGUCUGACUGCAGUAGUACGGUUCUACAGAAGGAGUUCAAAGUUUUGCGCAGCAAAUGCAAUAACCUUUAUCGCCAACUCCGAAAUGCCCACUUCCGCUCCAUCUGUGACGAUUACCGGCGAGAUCCUAGGCGUCUUUGGAGCACCAUCAACUCAGUCACCCGGCGCACAAACCCUAGAACUGAGCCUCUCGUCCAGGCAGAUACCUUGAACAGGUAUUUCCAUAGUAUUGUGUCAGAUCCGAACCCGGCUUAUGUUGUUCCAAGUGGUACCUCAAGACCGUGUGACUUGCACGAGUUUCGCCCUAUUUCUGAGGAUGAGGUACUUCGGCACCUUCAGAAACUCGACGGUACGAAAGCGCCUGGGCCAGAUGGUCUCCUCCCGAGCAUCCUGAAGGCCGUUGCACCAGUUAUCGCCUUCUCCCUCACCCUAAUAUUUAAUACCUCUUUGUGCACUGCUGUGUUCCCGACACAAUUCAAGUUGGCUAAUGUCACGCCGAUAUUGAAAUCCCGUAUGGGCGAUCCUACUUCUCCUUCGAACUAUCGUCCUGUGUCACUCACGUCGAUUCUGGCUAAGACUCUGGAACGCCUGGUUCUAAAUCAGGUAUGUGACAGUUUGACCAUCGAAAAUCACCUCCACGAUCACCAAUUUGGGUUCCGACCAGCUCGUUCCACGACACAACUGCUCACACUUGCUGUAAAUGAUUGGAAACUGGCCCAGGACCGCGGAGAGACUACCAGUGUAGCCUUUGUCGACCUCAGCAAGGCGUUUGAUCGCGUCCAGCAUCAACAGUUACUCAUUGCGCUCCAUGGCAUGGGUGUUCAUGCAAGCGCCCUGCGUUGGUUUGCGUCGUACCUCGCCGGGAGAUCUCAGCGUGUCGUCACGCCAGCCAGCCAGUCCUCAAGUCUUGCAGUGUCUCGAGGAGUUCCUCAGGGAAGUAUUUUAGGCCCUACCCUCUUUAAUGUCUACCUGAGGGACCUUCCCCGGCUUGCGGAGACAGCGGGUUCAAAAUUACUGAUGUUCGCAGAUGACAAGACAGUCUACUCUAGUGAUCCGUCGAAGGCGCGUUCCGAAGCCAAGUUGUCAUCGGCACUGGAGAUACUAAACAACCACCUUGGCUCCAUUGGUAUGCAGAUAAAUACCGACAAAACCGUUGUCAUGCAAAUCCAUCCCAAACGUGCCACAGGGAGUCAGCAACAACAACAAAGGCAACAACUGCAAAUCACCUUGUCAAAUGUUACGCUAGGGGAAGUGGAAAGCACCAGAUGCUUAGGAGUCGUUGUUGACAAUAAGCUAUCUUUUGACCAACACAUUAACAAUGUCGUCCGGAAAGCCUCACGGAAGAUCGGUCGGGAUUUUCAGCGCUGUACAGAUUGUCGUGUGUACCGGUCUGCUGAGUGUGGGACCGAUCACAAACUUGUUGGGCUAACGUUGUCACUUGGUUGCCGCCGGCGUUUCUACCCGCCAAAGAGCAAGGCCCCUGAUCGCCGUCGCUUUGAUGUAUCCCAGCUCGGACCUGCUGACCCAACCGCAUCAGAGGAUGAUGAUUUAGUUAGGCAAGCAACUGUGGCGGAGUGGUACCAUACCUCAUCCGACUGUCUGCAAGACGCUGCACCAGGGACCUCAGUUCAGGAUCAAUGGAGUUCACUACGGGACGCCACAGUUAAAGCAGCUACCUCUGUCCUAGGCAAGAGUCGCCGUUGUCAGCCAGAUUGGUUCUCAGCCAGUUCUGCCACUCUCGAGCCUCUCCUUGCACAUCGUAACACUCUAUUCCAGAAAUCUUUAGCAGAUCCAUCACCUCUGGUCCGGCGAGAGUUUGUCCGCGCGCGCUCAGCUGCAAGGGAUGCUGUACGCAGUGCUAAGGAGGACUGGUUCCGUAAGACUGCGUCUGAUGCCGAAUCUAGGAAGUUUGGGUGUAAGGCUGUGUGGAACAGCAUCCGGGAUCUACAGACUGCCCGGCGCGGAUUGAUUCCCACUAAGUCGUGCCUGAUCAAACAGACUGAUGGAUCACCAUGCUCGUCCGUUGAGGCACAGCAGAACCGCUGGUCUGAACAUUUCGAAAAGCUGCUGAACCUUCCAAGCGGCUUUGUCCGAUCUGAAAUUGACUUGGUCCAGCAGCGCAACAUCAUGGAACACCAGGCCACCCCACCCACUGCUGAAGAGGCCCAGCGCUGCCUUCGCUAUCUUACGAACGGGAAAGCUGCUGGAAGCUCCGGCAUUCUACCGGAAAUGGUCAAAUACAACUGCGACCUAUUCUAUGCCAAUCUGUUUAAGCUCAUUACCGCGGUUUGGGAGGAGGGCGUAGUACCGCAAGAUUGGGUGAAUGCUGAGAUAAAACCGAUACCCAAGAAGGGUGACCUCACUAGCUGCGACAACUGGCGUGGCAUCGCACUCCUCGACGUCAUUGGCAAGCUGUUCGGACGCCUGCUGCAAAACCGAUUGCAGAAAGUCGCCGAAAGUGUGCUGCCUGAAUCACAGUGUGGUUUCCGGAAAGGUCGCUCCUGCACGGACAUGACGUUUGUUGUUCGCCAGGUUGUGGAGAAGUGUCACGAGCACCAAUCCAAGGGAUUCCUGGUGUUUGUCGAUUUGAGGAAGGCAUACGAUUCUGUUCCGCGUGCUGCACUGUGGAUUGUCCUGCUGAAGCUGGGAGUCCCGGAGCAACUGCUGCUCCCGGCUAAUGAUGCCCCUCACACCGGAACACAGGGGUUUAUAUGA